AUGAAUGUACUUAUUGCAGGAGACAGUCAUGGGUGCUUUAAGCUGAGACUCUUCGCAGGGUUCGAGACAUAUCCCGUCUCUUUGACAGCAUUGCUCAAGGCAUAUGGACUCGGAUAUAUCGCAGCAGUCGAUAUACUGCAAAUGGAUAUUUCGCUCGAUCUUUCAGAGCUCACAUUUGAUGCACUGGUGUCGUAUCAGCACUUGUCCACAGAGAGUGACGAGGUUGGAGGCAAACGCCUCGUUCAAAUUACUGUUACUUCAGACCUACUUCACAGACAAUCGCGAGAGAUCCGAGUUUUGGGGCUCAAGAGACGACCCAUCAUUAAUCUUCUAAAAUAUAUUUCAGACAGUCUCCGCGUCCUGGAAGCCGAGUUUAAAAGGAUUAGUCAGUUAAACGAGGAUUGUACCGACAGCCUACAACGGGCUUUGACGAACAAUGGAGAGGCGACAACUCCAACAUACGAGUUUCUUCAACUGCUUGUGACAGGGCUUCCUAGCCCAAGCAUGGAUUAUUAUUUACAGCAAGAACUUCGACGUGAUGGCCUCAAGCGAUGGAACGAAUCAGUGAGGGCGGCACACACAAAUAUUCAUCGAGUGGCCUUUGAAUGUAUGAUUCCUGCCUGUGAACGGCUACUUAUCCAUCUCUCCGAUAUUCUUGGUUGCAGUCGAUGGGGCGAGCGCUAUAGGCCAUUACGUUUGGAAGAAGCAGCGGUUCGCGACAGCAUCAAGGCUGUUGGUGAUUUCGUAGGCUUGAUCGAACAUCUUUUCCUGGUAUUGAAGGUUGAGAUUAAACGCUUUUCUGAAUUCGAAAACUGGCUUGAACGAGUACUAGAAGCUAUAGAGCCGACCGUACGGACUGGCGAUCAUAUAGAUGAUGGGCCAAGGGUAUUUCCACCGGUCGACUACCAGGCUGUAUCAGAAUAUCUCCAAUCGAGCCUUUCAAAUGUUGGUCUCAAUGCCUUUUUCCGAGAUGGAAAUGAGGGUAGUUCUAAAGAAGCAGCAUCAUUACCUACUAACCAUGUUAUCGAAAACAUGCACUCCAAACUACCGCAAUCGUCAGGCUCGACAGCCAAGAAAAAGUCGUCACUGUCAUUACCAUUGGAUAGGCACCUCAGUUUGAUGACGCGUUGCUGCCUCGUGAUAUUUGAGGGCCCUGCAGAAGCUAUUUCUAAAAGCAUGAAAGUUGCACAUACACUGGAGCUGCUUGCCCCUGCAAAGCAAAGCUGUAGGCGCUUGCGUCUGGCCACACGUUAUUGCUACUAUGAACCAGACCCUUGGUAUACCUUGGCUCUUUAUCUUGCGCCGUCGACCUUGUUCCCUGAGCCCUCUCGUAAGCCUAAGCUUAAGCUUCGAUAUACUCUUAAACCAUGA